GAACAUUUUGCUUAGAGAAAUAUAAUUUCGAGAGUUACAUGAAUAACUUGAUAUUUGCCAAAGAAAGCGAUAAAAUAGAUAAUUGUCCAAGACCUGCAGAAUAUGCUCUGACGAAAUAGUGUGGCCAGUCUUAGUUCACAAAUCGCGGGUCGGAAUUCUGGAUAAGAGAGCUUUGUUGUUUGAUUUUUUUUUAGCUUCCCCAAAGAAUGGACGAAUUCGACGACGAUUCCUUCAAUGAUGUCUUGGGCUCUAUGGAAAUGCCCACGGCUCCGAAGCAACCCAAGGUCCAGGAGCCCACCACUGCGACAAUUGUGGCCAGCACUAGCAGCAGCCAUCCCAGCUCCACUGCAGCUCUUGCCGCCAAGCCGGCUUCCAAUCCUCACAGCAUCCUCGUUCACAGCAAACAGCGAGGAAAUCCCAUCCUGAAAUCCAUUCUUAGUGUCCCGCUGGAGUUCCGUGAUGACAUUAUACCCGAUUACGUGGUGGGUCGCACUUCCUGCGUCCUAUACUUGUCCCUAAAGUAUCACAAUCUCAAUCCGGAUUACAUAUGUCAGCGACUAAAGGCUCUGGGCAAGAUGUACGAGUUGCGAGUGCUGCUGGUCCAGGUGGACACACCGGAGCCGCACAAUGCCCUCAAGAGCUUGACCAGGAUAUCACUGCUGGCGGAUCUGACCAUGAUGCUCGCCUGGAAUGCCGAGGAGGCAGGCAAAAUCAUUGAGACCUACAAACAAUUUGAGAAACGGCCGCCAGACCUGAUCAUGGAGCGUGUAGAGUCCAAUCCGCAUCAGAAGUUGGUAGCUGCUCUAACCAACAUCAAGCCGGUAAACAAAACGGAUGCCGUGACUCUGCUGCAAACCUUUGGGAAUCUGGGCAACAUUAUCACAGCCAGCGAGGAGCGGCUCUCCCAAGUGAUGGGCCUAGGUCCCCGAAAGGCCAAGAGGCUGUAUAAAACCCUUCAGGAGCCGUUCCUCAGCAAGUAGAGAGACUCCAUCUCGUCCGUCAUUUAAAUACUUUAAUUUCUUAGUAGGAAGAAACUGUACAAAAAAUCAAGUUGCAUUAUUGUUUAACACCUUAAAUAUACCACCACACAAUGUA